GCCGCCCGCAAGUCCGUGGGGCCCAUGCGCCUCUUCACGCGCUUCGCGGCCGACCUCCCCACCGCCCUGCACUUCCAGGCGGUGCUCGAGGCCAUCCGCGAGCGCGUCGCGGCGGCCGCGCGCGGGCUGGGCCGCCCGGAGCAGCCCGCCGCCCGCCCGCGCUUCGCGGAGGGCGCCUUCCGCGCGGCGCUGCUCCAGGAGCCCGGGAGGCGAGGGCUCGACGCCGCCAGGGACAUGGGCCUCUGCUUCGUGGCCAGCGUGGGUGCGCGCCGCUGGGUGGGCAGGGAGCUGCGCACGCCGCGCUUCGGCGCCCACGACCUGGACGCGGGGCUGUCCUCGUGGCGGCGGCUGCGGGAGGCGCGGGCGCGCCUUAAGGCCGGGGAGGCGGAGCACGCGGCUAGCGCCGCGUGGCGGAGGUUGCGCGAGGUGUACCUCGACAUCUGGGCCGAGGC